UGCCUGCUAGUUAUUAAAAUUAUCAUUUUUGGUGGUAUGAAGUCACAUUUUGCUAUUAAGAUUUCCACUUUUUAAUAAACAAAAUUGCCACUUUUUCUGUGUUUAAUUUUGAAAAUGUGGAGAAUCUUCCUGACUGGUUCAAUAAGUGAGUUAUGCAAAUCAAGAAGGGACUAAGUUCAAUUCCUAAUCUGUCAUCAAAUAACCCAUCUCACCCAAGAAUACCAUUGAGGCAAAUCAGCUAUGAUUCUCUCUUGCUACUCAGCAGCUAUUUCUGCCAUAAGUACUGAAUGCUGGGUUAAGACUGGAUUGGGUUCAGUUACAAUAGACUAUUUUGUAACUUGAAAAUCUGAAUAUCCUACAACAAUCAAGAGUUACUUGUGACAACAAUAGAAGGUGGCCAGUGUCUGUGCAAAUAAUCCUAACAAGGAAUCUACACCUUAAAAGAAAACGGAGAACACAGGCAAAGAAAGUUGGUAAGAAAAGGAGCUGGGAUCAUGACAACACAUUGGUUUGAACUUUGGACUGGAAAUGUUAUUUUAACAACAGCUGCAAUAGCUUUAUCUCCAUGUAAUUUCAGUGACACAACAUGUGAUUACAGUGGAAAGAAUUUGUCAUCGAUUCCGCAUGAUCUGCCUGCAAACACAACAAAGCUGAAUCUAAUGAACAACAAGAUUUCUUUAACUCUUCAUGAUAUUCAAAUUCUUUCAAAUUUAACCCAGCUUAAAGAACUGUAUCUUGGAUACAAUCUCAUCUGCAAUUUAAUUUCAGGAGCGUUCAAUAAUUUUAAAAACUUGGCUAUACUGGAACUACACAAUAACUGCCUCACGCAUGUUGACAGGGAUGUUCUGCAACCUCUGAAUUUAUCAUGUUUAACUCUAUAUGGAAAUCAAUGGAACUGUAGUUGUGGCUUUCUUGGUUUCCAGAGGUGGCUUAAUGAGUCACAAGUACACUUAGGUAAUGCGAACAUCACAACAUGUGAAGCCCCUGAAGAUAUGCAAUUCCACACUAUUGAAGAAGCUUUUAUAAAGAGGAAUGGAUGUUUUUCAGUUUCCAGCUUAACAUCAUCUCCAGAUAACUCAAAUGUCAAAAGUACAUUAGACACAAUCUUUUCGGAAAAGAUGCAGAGUGCAGCAAUGCGAAUUCCAACUGUGGCUGGACAAAAUAACACCAUGAAUCAAACAAAUGGCUCAGAUCAAUCCAAAUUUGGGAAAUCCUGGAAAUUAGUGGUUGGUGUUAUGGCAACAUCAAUUGGUAUAUCUUCGAUACUCAUCCUCUUUGCAAAAUUCAUCAAAUGGUACAAUUGCUUCUUUGCCUAUCAUCAUCAUCGACUGCAGGAAGAACCAGAUUUUUAUUUGGAAAAUACAUCUCCAGAGACAACUUAUAAUGUCCCACAGACAUCAAAAGAAGCUAAAAGCAAUGAACAACAAACUGAAGCAAAGUCCAUUCCUCACAAUGUUUCUGAUGAUGACGGAUAUAUUGAAGAUGGAUAUAUAGAUUCUAUAGGAUUCACCAGUUGUGAGCAAUAAAUACGUAAAUGGUGUAGACUUGUUCCAGGAAGGCUAUCUGAUUUAGCUGACUGUGCAGGAUAUGCAAUAAAUUAAAUCAGUCACACAUCAGUAACACAGACAAAAGCUACCAUACUUAGAGCUUGCUUACUUGAAAAAAUAUUACACUGCAUUUUCAACAACAUAGAUUUAUUUUGUGUCAAGAGGAAGAAAAAUCUCCAAUAUGUGCACUCAAAUUACACAUUAGAAUCCAAAGUUCCAAAACACAAUAUGCUUGAAAGAAAGCUGAUAUGGUUGAUAAGAGAAUAUACUGAUAAUGAACAAUUUGCUGUUACAGAACUGGAAAAAUUUUUUUAAGAAGUUGUCAAAGUUGAUGUUUCUACGAGUUCAGCAUUAACUCUAUAUAUUCAAAUACAAAACCAAAGACUCCGUUAAUUAUUUUUAAGAGUCUUAUCUACCUGUGCUCGUUACCAGCAUCUACUGAUGCAACUGAACCUCAGGAAAGAUGGAUUUGGCCUUGGUGUAGGGUCUAACAAGUUCAGCAGUUGGUACUGAUACUUAAAAAAUUAAACUAAGGACAGUUUGCAUAAACAUGAUUUAAGUUUAAGAUGUUUAACAAAAGAAAUAGCAGCACGAAUAGACAAAGACCCUACUGAGCCAACCGCACGAAUAGACAAAGACCUACAGAGCUUGCCGUGCCAUUUAAUGCAAUCUUGAAUAAUAUUUGGCCACUUUCCAUUCCCAAUCUUUGCCAUUAUCCUGACAGACUGAAAAUCUAUCUUUGGCUUCAAUAUGUUCCAUGGUGCACCAUCCACAACCCUCAGAUUUAUUCAUAACCUUCAGGGGUAGAGAAUUCCAAACAUUCACAUUAAUUUCAGUUAAAUAUCUCAUCUCCAUGCUAACUAUUUAGCCUUUUAUCCUGAGACUGUACCCACAUGUAAUAGAUUUCCCAAAUAUGGGAAACAACCUCAGUUACAACCCUGUAAGGCCCCUUCAGAAUCUUGUAGGUUUCAAGGGGAUCACCCUCAUUCUUCUAAAUGCCAAAGAAUAUAAACAUAAUUUACUCAGUAUCUCAUCACACAGUAAUGCUCCCUUCUAAAUCAGGUAAAUUGCUAUGAAGGUAUUUUCACUGCUCAAAAAAUGUUGAUAAAGUGAUUUAGACCUAAGUCAUUUAAGAGUGAUAUCAGGAAAUACACUUCACAAGAUAUGAAAAUUUCCUCAAACUGUUGUGAAUAUUAUUACAAUUCAAAUUUGAGAUGCAUAAAAUGGCAGAACAGGCUUGAAGAAUCAUACCUGGUUCUCGUGUACUCAAUAUUCUGAACAAGGUAUUAUUACUUACUCUCGUCGCUCUGUGAAAAUUACAUCCAUACUCUGUGCUUCUCGAUCGUUCUGUGCUUUGAGCUAAAAUACAAUAUUAUUGCUUGUUCAUUAAGAGCAAUCAACAACAGUAUGACAGUUUUCAGUUUUAUUACAAUAUUAUCUAUAACAUAAAUAUUUAAAUCUAAUGACAGAAUGUAUAAUUCCAAGUAGCUCCACUUAAAUAAUUAAGGAAUGAUUAUUACAAA